AUGUCUGCUUGUAACACCUUUACUGAACACGUGUGGAAACCUGGUGAAUGCAAGAACUGCUUUAAGCCUAAAAGCUUACACCAGCUCCCCCCAGACCCUGAGAAGGCACCCGCCACCCAUGGCAAUGUGAAAACUAAUGCCAAUCACAGUAAUAACCACCGCAUGAGGAACACUGGGAAUUUCCGUCCUCCUGUGGCUAAAAAACCCACUAUAGCUGUGAAACCCACUAUGAUGGUGGCAGAUGGGCAGAGUGUAUGUGGUGAACUUAGUAUCCAAGAACACUGUGAGAACAAACCUGUCAUCAUAGGGUGGAACCGAAACAGGACGGCCUUGAAUCAGAAACCACUCAAUAAUAAUAAUGAAGAUGAUAUUGAAGGAUUUAGCCAUGUUCCUAAGCCCUAUGGCAAUAAUGAUAGUGCAAAGAAGAUACCAAAUAACAAUAAUGGUCUAACUGAUGUGUUAAAAGAGAUAGCAGGCUUGGAUACCACCCCUCAGAUGAGAGGAAAUGAAACAAACUCCAGAGAAACAUUCUUAGGAAGAAUAAAUGAUUGCUAUAAAAGAUCAUUGGAAAGAAAGCUUCCACCAAGUUGCAUGAUGGGCGGUAUAAAGGAUACUCAGGGCAAGCAUGUUAUUCUGAGUGGGAGCACAGAAGUGAUCAGUAAUGAAGGGGGCCGGUUCUGUUACCCAGAGUUUUCUAGUGGUGAGGAGAGUGAGGAAGAUGUACUUUUCAGUAACAUGGAGGAGGAGCAUGAGAGCUGGGAUGAGAGCGACGAAGAGCUGCUGGCCAUGGAGAUUCGCAUGAGAGGGCAGCCCCGCUUUGCUAACUUCAGGGCAAAUACUCUGUCUCCUGUUCGAUUCUUUGUGGACAAAAAAUGGAAUACUGUCCCCCUGCGAAAUAAGUCUCUGCAGAGAAUCUGUGCUGUAGACUAUGAUGACAGUUAUGAUGAAAUCCUAAAUGGUUAUGAAGAGAAUUCUGUGGUCUCCUGUGGACCAGGAAGCAUGCAGAGCAUGGUGUCAUCUGACUCUACAUCACCAGACUCUUCUUUAACAGAAGAGUCACGUUCUGAGACAGCCAGUGGUUUAUCCCAGAAGAUCUGUAAUGGAGGAGUAUCUCCUGGUAACCCGGGAAAUUCUAAGGACAUGAAGGAAAAUGAGCCCAAUUAUGAAAGUCUCUCUGGUAAUAAUCAGGAAAAGGACUCCUCACAAGCACCUAAAAGCUCAGUAAAAGUUCCAGAAACACACAAAGCAGUCCUUGCUCUCCGAUUAGAAGAGAAGGACGGCAAGAUUGCUGUACAGACUGAGAAGCAAGAAAGUAAAGCCUCUACCGAUAUUGCUGGGCAAGCAGUAACCAUUAACCUUGUCCCCGUAGAAGAGCAAGCAAAGCCCUACCGAGUUGUGAAUCUGGAACAGCCACUGUGCAAGCCAUAUACUAUCGUGGACGUGUCGGCAGCCAUGGCCACUGAGCACCUCGAGGGCCCUAUUACCAGCCCCAAGACAAAAAUCUCCUCUUCUACUCCAAACUCUCCGAUGACAUCACCUGCAUCGACUUCAGGACAAAUAAGUGCCCACUUCCAAAAAUCCAGUGCAAUACGAUACCAGGAAGUAUGGACUUCCAGUACCAGUCCACGACAAAAGAUACCCAAGGUGGAAUUAAUUGGUGGUGGAACUGGACCAAAUGUCCCUCCAAGGAAAAACUGUCACAAGUCAGCACCUACUUCACCGACAACUACAAACAUUUCCUCUAAAACCAUCCCUGUUAAGUCACCCAAUUUGUCUGAAAUAAAAUUUAAUAGUUAUAACAAUGCUGGUAUGCCACCUUUUCCAAUCAUCAUUCACGACGAGCCAACCUAUGCUCGGAGUUCUAAAAAUGCCAUCAAAGUUCCCAUUGUAAUCAACCCAAAUGCAUAUGACAAUCUAGCCAUUUAUAAAAGUUUUCUUGGAACAAGUGGAGAACUCUCAGUGAAGGGAAAAACCACAAGUGUAAUAAGCCAUACUUAUGAAGAAAUAGAAACUGAAAAACUGUCCGAUAACACCACUAGCAAACCUACUGAGUGCCCCCAAGCCAAAGGGCUUUCAAGUAGCACAGAGCGUAAAAGGGGCUCAGUGGCUCAAAAGGUUCAGGAGUUUAACAGCUGUCUGAACAGAGGUCAGUCUUCACCACAGAAAAGUUAUAGUUCUGGCCACAGCUCCCCAACAAAGAUCCAGAGAACCACUCAAGAACCUGUGGCCCAAAUAGAAGGCACUCAGGAGUCUCAGACGGUCAGCAGCAGCAGCAGCACCAGCACCAGAGAGAAAGCAAGCACAGUGCUUUCUCAGAUUGUGGCUUCUAUCCAACCACCACAGUCUCCUCCAGAAAUGCCCCAGUCUGGCCCUAAAGCAUGCAGUGUGGAAGAGCUCUAUGCAGUCCCUCCAGAUGCGGACGCUGCUAAGAGUACACCAGUCCGACCCAAGUCUCUCUUUACGUCUCAGCCCAGUGGGGAGGCUGAAGCCCCUCAGACCACAGAAAGUCCUACUGCCAGAGUACGGAAAGAUCCACUCGCAAAGCCAGUCACUGCCCCUCUCUCCAAGUUAGUGGCUAACUCCCAGGGUGAGCCACCCCCUCCCUUCCCCCCACCUCGUUCUACUUCCUCCCCUUACCAUGCGGGCAACCUUUUGCAGAGGCAUUUCACCAACUGGACCAAGCCAACCAGUCCUACCAGGUCAACGGAAGCUGAAUCAGUUUUGCACUCUGAAGGCAGCAGGCGGGCAGCUGAUGCAAAACCUAAACGCUGGAUAUCAUUUAAAAGCUUCUUCCGCCGCCGGAAAACAGACGAGGAGGAUGACAAAGAGAAAGACCGAGAGAAAGGGAAACUGGUGGGCCUGGAUGGCACAGUCAUCCACAUGCUGCCGCCUCCUCCAGUUCAGCGCCAUCACUGGUUCACAGAGGCAAAAGGACAGUCCAGUGAGAAGCCAGCCAUUGUCUUUAUGUACAGGUGUGAUCCUGCCCAAAGCCAGCUCAGUGUGGAUCAGAAGGCCAGAGCAGACCAGUCAGCACUUGUAGAAAAAGAUGGGACAGAGGAUGGGUUACUACAGGACUCAGAGAAGAAGAAAAGGAGUCAUUCUUCUCCGUCACAGAUCCCUAAAAAAAUUCUCAGUCACAAAACCCAUGAAGUGACAGAGGAUUUUUCUCCUCGGGAUCCAAGAUCUGUUGUUGUGAGGGAAGAUGAUGGAGGCUGUGCUUCUGUCCCAGCAGCAUUGCCCCUACCUGAACUGGAAAGGGAAGAGGAAAAAGAAGAUGUUUCAGAUACUCUUGACAUGAAUCCCUGUAGUGCAACCUAUAGCAACUUAGGGCAAUCUAGAGCAGCCAUGAUACCACCCAAGCAUCCACGGCAGCCUAAGGGAACUUUGGAUGAUGCUGUUGUCUUUAGUGGGAAAACAGACGAAGAAACACCUAAUGCUUCCCAACCUACACCACCCCCACUGCCAAAGAAAACGAUCAUAAGAGCCAAUACAGAACCAAUCCCCAAAGACCUCCAAAAAUCCAUGGAAACAAGUCUUUGUGUAAUGGCUAAUCCCACCUAUGAUAUCGACCCCAACUGGGAUGCCAGUAGUGCUGGCUCUUCCAUCAGUUAUGAACUCAAGGGACUGGACAUUGAGUCUUAUGACUCCUUGGAAAGACCUUUGCUCAAGGAGAGACCUGUCCCCUCAGCAGCAAACAGUAUCUCCAGCUUAACCACUCUCAGUAUUAAGGAUAGAUUUUCCAACAGCAUGGAGUCCCUAUCCAGCCGGCGUGGUCCCUCUUGCAGACAGGGCCGAGGCAUACAGAAGCCACAGAGACAAGCACUUUAUAGAGGACUUGAGAAUCGGGAAGAAGUGGUGGGUAAAAUCCGAAGCCUUCAUACAGAUGCCUUGAAAAAACUGGCUAUUAAAUGUGAAGACCUCUUCAUGGCUGGACAGAAAGAUCAGCUCCGUUUUGGGGUGGACAGCUGGUCAGACUUCAGGCUAACUAGUGACAAACCGUGUUGUGAGGCAGGUGAUGCAGUUUACUACACAGCUUCAUAUGCAAAAGAUCCACUUAAUAACUAUGCAGUCAAGAUCUGUAAGAGCAAAGCUAAAGAAUCUCAGCAGUAUUAUCACAGCUUGGCUGUCCGGCAGAGUCUGGCUAUCCAUUUCAACAUCCAACAGGACUGUGGGCAUUUCCUUGCUGAAGUCCCUAAUCGUCUGCUUCCCUGGGAGGAUCCUGAUGCCCCUGAAGAGGAAGAGGAUGAAAUGAAAGAGGCUGAAGAAGAGGUAAAAGGAGAAACUGAUGGGAAAAGGCCAGAGCCCUGCUCUGAAACAGAGUCAUCCCAGAAAGAAAGCCAGGGGGUCAUUAGCAGGAAGCAGAGAAGCCACGUUGUGGUCAUCACCAGAGAGGUUCCCUAUCUCACCGUGGCUGAUUUUGUGCGAGACUCUCUGGCCCAGCACGGGAAAAGCCCUGAUUUAUAUGAGAGACAAGUGUGUCUGCUACUCUUACAGCUGUGCUCUGGCCUUGAGCACCUCAAACCCUACCAUGUCACUCACUGCGAUCUUCGUCUGGAGAACCUGCUGCUUGUCCACUACCAGCCAGGGAGAACCACCCAGGGCCUUGGGCCUACAGAGUCCAGCCCCACCUCGUCUUGCCCCACAAGGCUCAUAGUGAGCAAUUUCUCUCAGGCCAAGCAGAAGAGCCAUCUGGUGGACCCUGAGAUCCUCCGGGACCAGUCCCGCCUUGCUCCAGAGAUCAUAACAGCCACCCAGUAUAAAAAGUGUGAUGAGUUCCAGACAGGCAUCCUCAUCUAUGAGAUGCUGCACCUGCCCAACCCCUUUGAUGAGAACCCAGAGCUGAAGGAGAAAGAAUACACUCGAGCAGACCUGCCUCGCAUCCCACUCCGCUCCCCCUAUUCCCGGGGCCUACAGCAGCUGGCCAGCUGCCUCCUCAAUCCCAACCCUUCUGAGCGGAUCCUCAUUUCAGACGCCAAAGGCAUCCUCCAGUGUCUACUCUGGGGCCCCCGGGAGGAUCUCUUCCAGACUUUCAUGGCCUCUCCUAGCCCAGCGCAGAGGAGCGCCCUUCUCCAAAACUGGCUAGACAUCAAGCGAACACUGCUGAUGAUCAAGUUUGCUGAGAAGUCUCUGGACAGGGAGGGUGGGGUCAGCCUUGAGGACUGGCUUUGUGCUCAGUAUUUGGCCUUUGCCACUCCAGACUCCCUCGGCUGCAUUGUGAAAACCCUGCAGCACCGCUAG